GUUGAAUACACUAAUAUAUUUUCCUACUAUAAUGUACUUUCACUUUUUAUUACUAUAGUAAAAUACAUGACUACAUUAAUAUACUUCACUAUAAGGUGAAUAUAUUUAACUGCUAUAAUAGACUAUACUACUAGGAAUACUUUGUGCUGUACUACUACAGUAUAAUAUACUUUACUGCUGUACUGUUUGUGACCAGAUGGGGGCGCCGGGGGGCCUCAGUGGAGAACAUGCACCACAUGCUCGUGUUUUCUUCACCCAGACGUAAUGUUCGCAUCUAUCGGAUGUUUAUUCCACUUCCCGGGUAUCCGCGGAAUGUUGUGUUCUUCAACGGACUGAAAUGGUCGCUUAUACUUAAUACAUAUUUAAUAAUUAUCAUUGUGUUAUUAAGAAUAACGGCUGGAGAAUUUCUUCCUCUCCGUCAAUUAAAUCUCUCCACGCGCUUCAUCAGAGUCUCCGGGAGCGCGCUUCAUCAGAGUCUCGUGGAGCGCGCUUCAUCAGUCUCUGGUAGCGCGCUUCAUCAAGGUCUCCAAGCCUGAUCAGAGUCUCGCGGAGCACCACCGAGGAACGCGCUUCAUCAGAGUCUCGUGGAGAACGCUUCUUCAGAGUGUCAGUUGAGUGCGCUUCAUCAGACUCUCCGUGGAGCGCUUCAUCAGAUUCUCCGUGGAGCGCGCUUUAUCAGAGUCUCCGUGGUGGAGCGCGCUUCAUCAGAGUGUCCGUGGAGCGCGCCUCAUCGGAGUCUCCGCGGAGAGAUAAGAGGACAGGAGGUCCGCUUCUUCUCGAUGAAAGGUGUGAGAAAGACAACUUGAGGGAGAAGUUGGGGAUAUUCUUGUAAUCAAGCGCUCCAGCGAUGGCCUCCCCAGAGGGCGGUGCGGGGUCCCGCCCCCAGCACUGUGUGACCCGCGUGGAGCUGUCCGUCACGGCCGCCCACCUGCUGGACCGGGACGUUGCCUCCAAGUCGGACCCCUUCUGCGUGCUCUUCAACGAGGUGGACGGCAACUGGGCCGAGAUCAGCCGCACGGAGACGGCUGUGAACAACCUAAACCCGGUGUUCGGGGUGAAGUUCCGGGUGGACUACCACUUCGAGGAGGUGCAGAAGCUGCGCUUCGCCGUGUUCGACGAGGACAAGUGUGCGUCACAGCUCUAUGAACACGACUUCCUCGGGGAGUUCAUCUGCACCUUGGGAGUGAUUGUGUCCAAUAAGAAACUUGUCCGACCACUUCUCUUAGCCAAUGGGAAACCAGCGGGCAAAGGAACUAUUACGAUCACAGCCCAGGAGCUGUCUGACAACCGGAUCAUCACCCUCAGCCUGAGUGGAAGAAAAUUGGACAAAAAGGACUUCUUUGGAAAGUCUGAUCCUUACCUGGAGUUCCACAAACAAGGAGAAGAUGGGAAGUGGAUGUUGGUGCACAGAACAGAGGUCAUUAAGAACACCCUGGACCCCGUGUGGAAGGCCUUUACGGUUCCUCUGGUGUCGCUGUGUAACGGAGACGUCGACAGGAACAUCAAGGUGCUGUGCUACGACUAUGACAAUGAUGGAGGUCAUGACUUCAUAGGAGAGUUUCAGACCACUGUGACCAAGAUGAGCCACGCCAGCACCACAGAGGUGGAGUUUGACUGCAUCAAUCCGAAGAAACAGAGAAAGAAGAAGAAUUACAAGAACUCUGGUGUCAUCGUUCUGAGGUCGUGCAAGAUUAUACGAGAUUAUACAUUCCUGGAUUAUAUUCUCGGAGGAUGUCAAUUGAUGUUUACUGUUGGGAUUGACUUCACUGCGUCCAAUGGGAACCCUCGAGAGCCCUCCUCCCUGCACUACAUCAACCCGCUGGGCAGCAACGAGUACCUGGCCGCCAUCUUGGCGGUCGGCCAGAUCAUCCAGGACUACGACACAGACAAAAUGUUUCCUGCUUUAGGAUUUGGAGCUAAACUCCCACCAGAUUGGAAGGUGUCACAUGAGUUUGCCAUCAACUUUGACCCCACGAACCCCUUCUGUUCAGGGGUGGAGGGCAUCGCCCAGGCCUACUCCAGCUGCCUCCCCCACCUCCGCUUCUACGGACCCACCAACUUCUCUCCCAUCAUCAACCACGUGGCGCGCGGCGCUAGCCAGGCGCUACAGCAGGAGAGAGCGGCGCAGUACUUCACCCUCCUGAUCAUCACUGACGGGGUGAUCAGUGACAUGGACGAGACGCGCCACGCCAUCGUGGCGGCGGCCAAGCUGCCCAUGUCCGUCAUCAUCAUCGGCGUCGGCAACGCAGACUUCGCCGCCAUGGAGUUCCUGGACGGCGACGCCAGCGUCCUGCGCUCGCACACCGGGGAGGAAGCCGCCCGCGACAUCGUGCAGUUCGUCCCCUUCAGGGACUUCAGGAACGCUCCUAAGGAGACUCUGGCUAAAUCCGUUUUGGCUGAGCUUCCUCAACAAGUCACUCAGUACUUCAAACAGAGGAACCUGUCGCCUAGCAACCAAGCGGCUGAGUAGCCCAGCUAACCACAGCCUUCUCCAGGGUACAAACACAGACAGCCACACGGACGCACAAACACACACACACACACACACACACACACACACACACACACACACACACACACACACACACACACACACACACACACACACACACACACACACACACACACACACACACACACACAGUAGUGUAGCCCUCUGAGGUCAGGAUGUGAUUGUGGCUUCACGCAUGUUCUUGGUAUCCUGUAAUAUUCUGCUCUGUUGUCAAAGUAUCGCUGUAGUAUUUACAUUUAUAUCAGUGGUUGAAUAAGGAUCAACCAUGCACAGUUGAGCCCUAACCUAGUUAACCUAAUGCUAACCUAGUCUUAACGCUAACCUAGUCAUCACCUAGGUUAACCAAGUCUUAAUGCUAACCUAGAGUAACCUAGCCCUAACCUAGGUUAACCUAGUCCUAACCUAGUUUAACCUAGUCUUAACGCUAACCCAUUUUAACCUAGCCCUAACCUAGGUUGACCUAGUCCUAACCUAGGUUAACCUAGCCCUAACCCUGACCUAGGUUAAUCUAGCUAACCCUAACCUAGGUUAGGCUAGCCCUAGGCUAGGUUCCACCUUGCUAGGCUAGGCUAGGCUAGGUUUAACCCAGCCUAGCCUAGGUUAAAGGCUAAAUUCCUCUAUAGUGAACUUAACCUAGGUUUUACCUAGCCUAGGUUAAAGGCUAUUUUAUCGUCACCCAAUCCUAUAUUGUGUCAUCUAUAGUGAUUGUUAAGAGCCUUAUAGUGAACUUUAAGAGCUUUAUAGUGGACCUGGAUCCUCUAUAGAGAACUUUUAGAGCCUUAUAGAGAACUUUAAGAGCCUUAUAGUGGACCUGGGUCCUCUAGAGUGAACUUUAAGAGCCCCGGAAUUAGCCGAAACGAACAGCUGCGGUGGUAUGACUUGGUGGUCAAGGUGUAGUCUUAACCUUGGCCUAUAUUAACUUAAAGUCUUAACCUUACCCACAUUAAAGAAAGCCACGUUUAGGUGUGGUUUAACUCCUUCAAUACCCAUCUCUGUUCAAAUAACGAAACUCCCUGCAGAGCUUUAAGAGGCUUGUAUGGCGCUCUACCUCUUUGCCUCUUCUGGUGUCCAGGAUCUACGGAUAUGGUCAUGUGACACGCCCCUAGAAGCUUCUAAACACAUAGAAUGAACUCUCCAAACAGUCUCUUCGAAGAUGGAUGAACCUCUGAAAACAGAGUAUCUGUGGUAGCAGCUGUGACGGAGACAGCAGCACUCACUAGAGCAUCGACAGACGAGGAUGUCUGUUGAGGUAUGCUGGGAUCACAAACUAACACGCCGAGGUAAACAACCCCAUGAGACCAUCAGUCUCCAGAACCCCUAUCAGGUUCACCUGCCGUCUCUGUGACCAGAACCUGAUUAUAGUAACAGUGUUGGGUCAUAAACAGUUGAUUUGGUAAACCAUGAGUUCCCAUCCCUACUCUGAACUCUGAACACUCUAAUUGUUAUUGUAAACAACUUUUUAUUCCAUCAUGACUACUGAUGUGGGCAUAAAGUGUGGUGAAAUCCUUAUGCCAGCAAGGGAUUCUGAACUUAAACAUUGAAAAUGUUUGUGAAGCUACGUCACACAGCGUUGCAUUCUGGGAGGGGUGCUCCAUCUUGUGAGGCCGAAAUGACUGAAAAAGAAAUGACUGUUUUAUAAUUUGGCCAUUACUGAUAUUUUAGUUGGUACUAGUUAAUAGUUAAUACUUAAGUCUUUCACAGUAUUUACUUAGCAUCAGUUAAUAGGUAAUACUUAAGUCUUUAGCGGUCUUUAGUUAGCAUCAGUUAAUAGAUAAUACUUAAGUCUUUAGCGGUCUUUAGUUAGCAUCAGUUAAUAGAUAAUACUUCAGUCUUUCUUAUGCAUGUUGCCAACCUGGUUGCACUGUUUACAAAACACUGCUGAUGACCACAGAUGCAUGAUUUUAUACAAUGAUAAAUUAUAUACAUAUUAUUUUACAUAAUAUAUAAUAUAUAUUAUUUUAUAUAAUAUAUACUAUUAUUAUUAUUAUAACUUUGUAACAUUGUAACUCUGCUUAGUUUACGACUAUCCAAGGCAAAUUGUUGUGGAAAAACUAUUUUCUAAAGUGGAUUCUGAAGUUUUGAAAUGCAUUUAUUGUGCGUAGGCUAUCAAUGUAAACUCCACAAAGGCCCCGUUUUGGACGUUUCUAACGUGACUUGAUGCUGUGGAAACGUGUAUACUCUGUCGUACCGAUAUGUGCAUGGACAUGGAUGUUCGUACCUAUUGUGUUAUCGAGGAUUUUUAUAGAAAAUGUUGUCUAUGUCAACACUCAGGUCAAUAAACCGUUUCAAGGAA